AAUAUCAUUAUUUCUAAUAAUUCUCCAAAGAUAUGAAAGUUAUUGUGAUUUUGUGUGUAAUCCUGAUGUUGUGGUCGGUUAGCGACAGCGCUGGUAUCAAAUCGCCUGACACGGCUAAUGUGGUCCCGGAUGGGGAUAUGGGUGUCAACGAGAUUCAGGAGGACCAGGCUUGUGGUAAUGGUGAUGGCGGUACCGGUACAGGUGGGGGCGCAUUGGGCCUAUUCUUGGUCUACGCCUACAAAGGCUUCUUAGGCGUAGCCAUAGUAGCGAUGGUGAGUAGUGGGGAGACAUCAGAUUCAAUAGGCCAGGAGUGUCCCGGAGCUAACACUACAGUUUCAAGCAGUAAUUCACGAGCGAAGGGUCACUUCCACUGGGAUGACCAGGAACAGGUUACUAUAUUAGGCUGUUACUUCUAUGGCAAUAUUGUGCUACAGGUGCCGGCCGGGGCAUUGGCUGAGCUUUUUGGUGCCAAAUGGAUAUUCGGGAGCAGUAUGCUUAUCACUGCUGUACUAUCCAUGUUGGGACCGGUGGUGGGCCGUUGGGGGUACAUCCCAUUCCUGGUGACCAGAAUAUUACAGGGCUUAGCGCAGGGAGUGAUCCUUCCCUCUAUGAACGCUAUGAUCGCCCGAUGGAUGCCUAGACUGGAGAGAAGUCGUGGCAUUUCCAUCAUAUUCGCCGGCGCAGCCAUCGGAUCCGUAGUCACUCUCCCACUAACCGGAUAUCUAUGCGGUGAGACCUUUUUGGGCGGUUGA